AUGAGAAUUCACACUGGAGAAAACCCUUCCACCAGCCAACAGUGUGGAGUAAGUUUCACACAAAAAGGGAUUCUCAGUAUGGACAUGAAAAUUCACACUGGAAGAGAAGCCUUACAUGCAUGCCCUCAGUGUGGAAAGGGUUUUCAUCAACAUAGAAACCUUAAACUCCACAUGAAAGGUUCUCAGGGAGAAAGGCCUUUUACCUGCCAACAGUGUGGAAAACACUUCAAUCAAAAAGUAAACCUUAAAUAUCACAUGAGAGUACACACUGGAGAAAACCAUUUCACCUGCCAUCAGUGUGGAGUAAGUUUCACACAAAAAGCGGUUCUCAAUAAGCACAUGAGAAAUCAUACUAGAGAAAAGCCUUACACAUGCCUUCAGUGUGGAAAGAGUUUUGAUCAAAGUGAAAAGCUUGAAGUACACAUGAGAAUUCACACUGGAGAAAGCCCUUUCACCUGCCAACAGUGUGGAAAACACUUCAGUCAAAAAACAAACCUUACCAGGCAUAUGAGAAUUCACACUGGAGAGAAGUCCUACACAUGUCUGCAGUGUGGAAAGAGCUUUUAUCAACAUGUAAACCUUAAAGUACACAUGAAAAUUCACAAUCGUGAAAAACCUUAUUCAUGCCGGCAGUGUGGGAAGAGUUUUGCUCAACAGGGAAACCUUAACGUCCACAUGAAAAUACAUACAGAAGAAAACCCUUUCAACUGUCAACAGUGUGGAAAAAGUUUCAACCGAAAAGGAAACCUUAAGUACCACAUGAGAAUUCACACUGGAGAAAAGCCUUACUCAUGCCCUCAGUGUGGAGUAAGUUUCACACAAAAAGCGGUUCUCAAUAGGCACAUGAGAAAUCAUACUAGGAAAAAGCCUUACACAUGCCUUCAGUGCGGAAAGUGUUUUGAUCAAAAUGAAAAGCUUGAAGAACACAUGAGAAUUCACACUGGAGAAAACCCUUCCACCAGCCAACAGUGUGGAGUAAGUUUUACUCAAAAUGGGAUUCUCAAUAGGCACAUGAAAAUUAAGACUGUGGAGAAGCCUUACAUAUGCCCUCAGUGUGGAAAGGGUUUUCAUCAACAUAGAAACCGUGAAGUCCACAUGAAAAUUCAUUCAGGAGAAAGCCAUUUUAUCUGCCAACAGUGUGGAAAAAGAUUCAAACGAAAAGGAAACCUUAAGGACCACAUGAGAAUUCACACUAGAGAAAGCCCUUUCACUUGCCUUCAGUGUGGAAAAAGUUUCAAUCAAAAAGCACACUUUAACAGUCACACGAGAGCCCACACUGGAGAGAAGCCUUACACAUGCCCUCAGUGUGGAAAGAAGUUUCAUCAUCAAGGAAACUUUAAAGUCCAUGUGAAAAUUCAUACAGGUGAAAGCCCUUUUACCUGCCAUCAAUGUGGAAAAAGUUUUAACCGAAAAGGAAACCUUAAUGACCACAUGAGAGUACACACUGGAGAAAGUCCUUUCACAUGCCCUCAGUGUGGAAAGAGUUUCACUCAAAGAGGAAGCCUUAACAGGCACAUGAGAGCUCACACGGGAGGGGAAGUCAUACACAUGCCCUAAGUGUGGAAAGUGUUUCAUUCAGCAUGGAAACCUUAAAGUCCAUGUGAGAGCUCAUACCGGAGAGAGCCCAUUCAACUGUCAAUAGUGUGGAAAAGUUUUAACCGAAAAGGAAAUCUUAAUAACCACACAAGAAUUUAAAAAUGAAGAGAAGCCUUUUACCUGCCAACAGUGCAUCCUAGGUGUAUAUGACUUUUUUCUUUCUGAUGAAUCCAGUCAGAGUUUUAUUAAAAAUUGUUCUGGCUAUUUCAAUCUCUGUCAUUGCAGUCAGCGGGUGUUGCAGUUGAACAGUCCACAAGUCGUCUUAAGCUCAAUCAUUGAGAAUACACUUAAGAAAAUAUCAUUAAAGACAGGAAGCUAGUGAAUCUUUUUUUUUUGGUUCCGGGGGAUUAAUAAAGGCCUUCCAAAGCGAAGCGAUACGUUUGUGUAAGAAAAACAACCAUAUUCACAGCUUAAUAAACCUUGAUCUCUAACUUCCGCUAAAUGUCGUAUGCAUGUUCACGAGAGAGUGGUGUUCAGUGGAUAACGUAGGAUGUAGGCAAACGUGGUGAUGAAUGUGGAAGCACAGAGGAGAGAGCAAAACAAAACACCAGUCACGAAUUAGUAGUACAAAACAAGGAUUCAUAUAGAAAAAUGUUGGAGGAUUUCAAUAUAAGCCAAGUGGACACUGGUUUUUCCUUUGCUGUAUGCUACACCUACGUCACACAUCAUCCGCUGGACACCACUCUUUCAUGAACUUGCAGUUGACAGUUAGCGAAAAUUAGAGAUGAAGGUUUAAUAAGUUGUGAAUAUGGAUAUUUUUCAUACACAAACGCUUCGCUUUGGAUUUUGCGAUCACUGAAUAUAACUCCCCAAUUUUCGUAAAAGCUCGCAAAUUUUCCACAGAAUUUGGGCUUAGAUGGUCCCAUGACACAAUCGCAAUGCGCAUUCAGUCAAGGAAAGGUUGUUUCUCAGUUUUAAAAAUGGAAUGAAUGGUCUUGCAUUCUCAUCAUGACCGAUGUACAAGAGCUAACAUGGAAGGAAACGUGAUCAUUUACGUGAGAAUUCACAGUGCAGAAAGGUAUUUCACAGGCCUUCAGAGUGAAUAGUUUCAUACAUCAAAGAGACCUGAAAUAUUGAGGAUAACUAACUGUGGCAGAAGGUUUACAAAAAGGAAUUUCUGUAAUCAGUUGAACAUUCAUACUGGAGGUAAUUUGUGUAAAUGUGAGACCCUAUUUUGUGUUCUUUAUGAUGUCAUUACUCAUAUACACUCACCUAAAGGAUUAUUAGGAACACCAUACUAAUACUGUGUUUGACCCCCUUUCACCUUCAGAACUGCCUUAAUUCUACGUGGCAUUGAUUCAACAAGGUGCUGAAAGCAUUCUUU